AUGAUUAAAAAAUUAGUUCCACAAAAUCUAUUAAUUACAGCAAAUAAAUUCAACUCUAAGAGUUUAAUCAACAACUCUUAUGUUGGUAAUAAUAAUAAGUUGGUAAGUUAUAACAUUAUCAUUAAACAACAAUACUAUCAUGAGCAGCAACAACAAGAGAAGAAACAAAAGCAAGAAAACCUUGACGAACCAGUGACACAUUUUGGCUUUAAAACAGUUCCAGAAUCUCUCAAAGAUAAAUUAGUUGGACAAGUUUUCACAAAUGUUGCAUCAAAAUAUGACUUGAUGAAUGAUGCUAUGAGUCUUGGGAUUCAUCGAUUAUGGAAAGAUCAUUUCAUACGUGAAAUGGCUCCUGGUCCUGGUACAAAAUUGUUGGAUGUUGCAGGUGGAACAGGUGAUAUUGCCAUGGGAUUUCUUAAUUAUUGUAAAGAAAUUCAUGGUGAUACAACUGCAAAGGUCACAGUGUUAGACAUCAAUUCUAAAAUGUUGGAAGUUUGCAAACAAAGAUUUUCUAAAAUACCUCACAUCAACCAAUCUCAAAUAUCUUUUGAAUUAGGAAAUGCUGAAAAACUUUCAUCUAUACCAUCCAAUUCAUAUGAUGUCUACACGAUUGCAUUUGGUAUACGCAAUUGCACUCACAUAGAAUUGGUGCUAAGUGAAGCAUUUAGAGUGUUAAAACCUGGCGGAAGAUUCAUGUGUUUAGAAUUUGGUAAAGUAAAUAAUCCUAUUAUUUCAACUUUUUAUAAUCUAUAUUCAUUUCAAGUAGUUCCAAAGUUAGGUGAAAUAAUAGCAUCAGACAAAAACUCUUAUCAAUAUUUGGUGGAAAGUAUCCAGAAAUUUCCUUCACAACAAACAUUUGCUAAUAUGAUAAAAACAGCCAGAUUCUCAAUUGUUGAUAAUGGCUGGGAAGACUUGACUUUCGGUGUUGCAUCUAUCCAUUCAGGAUUUAAAUUAUGA